CCGAGGGGGAAUACUGCUUAUUUUAUCGACGCCCCUUCUCUCGUCUUCUUCGCUGCGACUUCUGCUUCUUUGGUCCCUCGCUUGUCGGGAGACGAACCCCUCAAAGGGCCGAAACCCUCGCGGUUCCGCUCCCCGCGCAGGGAUCCUCCCCUCCUCGGUCCCCGCCACCCGGCCGCCUGAUCACCGGACAGAAUCGCCGGAACCCGGGGCCCCUGCCGGAGACCGGGCUAUCGGCCUGCCCCCCGAUCUGGUACUCAUGGAGAGCUCCCCGGCGCCGGCGGCCCGCGGGUGAGCGCCGGAGACGGUUGGUGGUGUGCUAGACGGAGUCUGGAAGAUGAAGGCGGCGGCUCACGGAGCUGCGGCUCCGAAUCCUUGCGAAGGGGAGAGGAAGACGAUAAACCCGGAGCUGUGGUAUGCCUGCGCGGGGCCUCUGGUGACGGUGCCGCCGGUAGGGAGCCUCGUCGUCUACUUCCCCCAAGGGCACAGCGAGCAGGUUGCAGCUUCUAUGCAAAGAGAUAUUGAUGCUCAUAUUCCAAACUACCCAAAUCUUCCAUCAAAGUUGAUAUGUCUUCUUCACAAUGUUACUCUGCAUGCGGAUCCAGAGACAGAUGAAGUUUAUGCUCAGAUGACUCUUCAGCCAGUCAACUCAUAUGACAAGGAGGCACUGCAGGCAUCAGAGCUUGCAUUAAAACAAACCAGGCCACAGACGGAAUUCUUUUGUAAAACACUUACUGCAAGUGAUACAAGCACUCAUGGAGGGUUCUCUGUGCCUCGUCGUGCUGCAGAGAAAAUUUUUCCUCCUCUUGAUUUUUCAAUGCAGCCACCUGCUCAAGAAUUAGAGGCCAGAGAUUUGCAUGACAAUUUAUGGACCUUCCGUCAUAUUUAUCGAGGCCAACCAAAAAGGCAUUUGCUCACAACUGGUUGGAGCUUAUUUGUGAGUGGAAAGAGGUUGUUUGCUGGUGAUUCUGUCUUAUUUAUUAGGGAUCAAAAACAGCAGCUUCUUUUAGGUAUUAGGCGUGCUAACAGGCAACCUACUAACAUACAAUCAUCGGUCCUGUCAACUGAUAGUAUGCAUAUAGGCAUUCUUGCUGCUGCUGCCCAUGCUGCUGCCAAUCAUAGUCCAUUCACCAUAUUUUACAACCCUAGGGCUAGUCCUUCAGAGUUUGUUAUUCCUUUUGCGAAGUACCAGAAAGCAGUAUAUAGCAAUCAAAUAUCCCUGGGUAUGCGCUUCCGAAUGAUGUUCGAAACUGAAGAACUAGGAACUAGAAGGUACAUGGGUACGAUUACCGGUAUCAGCGACUUAGAUCCUGUAAGAUGGAAAAAUUCACAAUGGCGAAAUUUGCAGGUUGGUUGGGAUGAGUCUGCAGCUGGUGAGAGGCGUAACAGGGUCUCUAUAUGGGAAAUUGAGCCUGUGGUAGCUCCUUUCUUCAUCUGCCCUCCGCCAUUUUUCAGGAAGCGACCCAGACAACCAGGAAUGCCAGAUGAUGAAUCAUCAGAAAUGGAAAAUCUUUUUAAGAGGGCAAUGCCUUGGCUUGGGGAGGAGAUCUGCAUAAAGGAUUCUCAAACCCAGAAUACUAUAAUGCCAGGUUUAAGUUUAGUGCAGUGGAUGAACAUGCAACAGAAUCCAUCACUUGCUAACCAAACCCUGCAGACAGAAUAUUUGCGCUCUCUUACAGGACCUGUUAUGCAAAACCUUGGCCCAACUGAUAUUUCAAGGCAGUUGGGUUUGCAAGCUCAAAUGUUGCAGCAGAAUAAUAUACAGUUCAACACCGGUAGACUGCCUCAACAAGGCCAACAAGUUGAUGAACAUGCUAAGGUGUCGGUUCCGCUGAAUCAAGUAAGUGCUGUUAGUAGAGCCCCACAACAAAUGCAAGAUCCAUCUAUGCAGCAGAAGCAGCAAUUGGUCAACCAAGCAUUACCAGUGAAUCAGACACAGAACAAUAUCAUACAGCCUCAAGCUUUAGUCCAGACUCAAGUGCAGCCACAGCAGCAACAGCAGCAGCAGCCGCCAAUGAUUCAGAACAAUCAGCUAGUACAAACUAGCAUCCAACAGAAUCAACAACAACAUCCUCAGCAACUGCUUCUGCAACAUCAGCAGCAGCUUCAGCAGCAGCAACUUCAACAGCAGCCGCAGCAGCAAUUUCAGCAACAAUAUCAGCAAGCACAAAGUAGGAUGCCAGUUAAGCUUCCUGGUCAAGUGAAUCAACAGUUAUCUGACCAACAGAUUCAGUUGCAGUUGCUACAAACACUCCAGCAGCAGCAACAACAGCAGCAAUCAUUGUUUUCACAGCCGAGAACACAACAACCUCAACUUCCCCAAGUUCAGGAAUACCAGAGAACUCUCCCAGAUGUACCACAGCAGUUAUCAAACUCACAUUCACUACUUCAGCAAUCAGUGAUCCCUCAACAAUGUGCAAAGCCUACUUCGCAGUCUGUGAGGCUGCCACAGCCCUUGCAGAACCAGUCACAGCAAAAGCCUCAGCAGCCGCAAGUUCUAAUCAGUGAUCUGCCUGGGGCACUCUUUCCUGCCACACCAGCAACCAUUAUCACAGCUAGUGGCAACCCUUUACUAGCUGCUGGAGGGGCACAGUCAGGAGUUACAGAUGACAUCCCGUCUUGCUCCACAUCACCUUCAGCAAACAACGGAAUGAUUCUUCCCCAUGCAAUCUUAAAUAGAAAUGAACAUCGUAAUCCAAUGUCAACAGAAAAGACAUCUAAGUCAGUCAUUACAAUGCUUGGCCCCAACUCAUUCGAAGCAGCUGCAGCAAAUCCUGGCAUCCCGAAGGAGCUUCCAAAAGUUGUACAUAAUGUGAAGCCUUCAAUCCCAAUUUCCAAGAUGCAAAAUCAGGGUAUUGUUGCCCCUCAGACAUAUGUAAGCAACACAGCUCAAAUGGAUUACUUGGACACAAUCUCCUCAGCAACUUCUGUGUGCCUAUCUCAGACUGAUGGAGCUUUAAAUCAAAACUUCCCUCUCUCUUCAUUCAAUCAGCCAUCACUUCUCCGAGAUGCACCUCCAGAUGGUGAUGUACCAGGAACAGACCCAAGAAAUAAUGUCCUUUUUGGAGUUAACAUAGAGGGUUCGAUGGGGAUGCCUUUGGCUACUGAUACUUUGCUGGUUAAUAACAUUGAUUCAGGAAAGUAUCAGAAUCAUAUCCCUGGAGAUUUAGUUGCCAAUUACAAUACCUCAAAAGAUGCUCAGCAAGAGCUAUCAUCAUCCAUGGUUUCACAAUCAUUUGGAGUUCCGGACAUGGCAUUUAAUUCUAUUGACUCAACAAUUAAUGAUAGUGCUUUAUUAAAUAGGAAUUCCUUUGCACCGGCACCGCCGCCACCCCUUCAACGUAUGCGCACUUACACCAAGGUGUACAAGCGUGGAGCAGUUGGCAGAUCUAUAGAUAUCGCACGUUAUUCAGGCUAUGAUGAACUGAAACAUGAUCUUGCACGGAUGUUCAGUAUAGAGGGACAACUGGAAGAUCGUCAGAGAAUUGGCUGGAAGCUAGUUUAUGUAGAUCAUGAGAAUGAUGUUCUACUUGUUGGGGAUGACCCAUGGGAGGAGUUUGUUAACUGUGUUCGGUGCAUCAAAAUACUGUCCCCGCAAGAAGUCCAACAGAUGAGCUUGGAUGUUGAUCUGGGAAAUAACAACCUCCCAAAUCAGGCUUGUAGCAGCUCAGAUGGUGGAAAUGUCUGGAGGGGCCAUUGUGAUCAGAACUCAGGCAACCCCUCUGCAGGAUCAUAUGAUCAUUUUGAAUGAUGUAGCUGGUCAUGCAGUGAAAGUGGUUUUGGCCUUUCAGCCUUCAUUAGCCAAGGCCAUUUCUUUUUACUUACCUGCCUUUUCCUGAUGAAGGUUGUGUACCAAGUGAUGUGAGUACCAGAAGUCUCAAACCUCCAAACUGCACAACUGACCACGGAACACCAAUAUGUAAAAUUAUGUGCAGCUCCACAAGGAUGAAAGUUCCACGAUUUGCUAAUGGAGAUGGGAAUUGUAGUCAUGAAAUAUCCAAAUCGAGGGAACUUGUAGGAUCCUGUCAGGAGCUGCAGGCUUUUGUUGUUGUAGGUUUUGUACUUGGUUAAUUUCAGUUCCACUCUUCUGGUAGUGAAUAGCCUCCAGAUUUUUCUACUAUGUACAUGUGUAAUAUCACAAAAGAAAACUGGAGAAAUGAGCUGAUCUACUUGGUGGUUUUGUAGAGCACGCAUACCGCCAUGAAUGUCUUUAAUGUAAUUGUAGCUUAUUUUACCC